AUGUCAACACCUGAAAAUGUUCAAAAACUAAAUACGUUACACUCGAUUAUCAAUUCCUUACUGGUUUUCAAAAGUUUGGUCAAUGCUGAACAGAGUAUCAAGGAGAACAGAAAUCAAAAAAUAUUUAUUAUAGUCGAUGGUGAUGUAGGUUUGCCAUUGAUAUUAUCAACUCAUACUCGAUCUCAGACGGCAGCUAUAUAUGUUUAUUCACAAGACGUUCAACGCCUUCGUCUAUUACUACAACCAAUUAAGAAAGGGAAAGAUAAAUCGAUUCGAGUUCAAAUUGUUUGUCCAUUUCAGGUUCAAUAUAUUACUGAUGACUUCGAUGCUAUUGUAAAACACUUGAAAAAAGAUUUGAGGGCGUAUGAAAAAACAGCAAAUGGAAGUUUUAUCACAAAAUAUGGUUAUUCACCUGAUAUGUUACAACUUGAUCACUAUUAUUUGAUGCUUCAUUGGUCGAAAUUUUACAAUAUAGAUACAUCGAACGAAGGAAAACGUCUUCUUUUUGAAACCUACACGAACUAUUACAAACAUAACAAAAGAAUGCGGGAAAUACUACAAAAAUUCAAUCUAAACAUUGGACCGAAUACAGCUAUCCAGUGGUAUACGUCCGAACCAUUUAUCAGUCGCUUACUCAACACAGCCUUUCAGACGCAUAAUUUCGUUUUUCUAAACAACGUUCGAUACUUUAUUCAUUGCAUUCAUCUACAACUACGAAAUGAACAUUCAGGAUUUGUCCGAAAUCAAUUACACAAACCUAUUUUUUCUAUUUAUUGUGGUCGCUUGAUGACAACUAUUGAAUUUAAGCGUCUGAAAAUGUAUAGAAAUAAAGUUAUAUUAAUUACAAGUUUUCUCAUGGGAAAUUUGGAUAAAAGUAAAGCUAUUCAAUGUAUCAAUCGAUGCGAACCAUCCGGAAACGAAACUCGAGUACUUUUAAAAAUAAACAUCGAUGCACGCAUUAGAAAUACACAACCAUACGCUGACAUUACACAUUUAAGUAACGAACACAACGAAAACGAAAUAUUGAUUAUGUUCGGAGCAAGUUUCCGUCUAAUGGAUGUUAUAGUUAGUCCAUAUCAUACAUUACCUGUCUGUGUAUUCGAGCUGUGUGCAGAACGACCACAACUAAUGCCACCGAAUGCAAGAGAACAAAGAUGGUAUUCACUUCUUGAACCAUUUGAAUCGAAGAAAUAG